GGUUUGUUUUUCCGCGCCCGCUCGGCAUCGGCCGCGAGGGCGCGGGGAGUCACGUGAGGCGCGCGCGAUGGCGGCUCCCGCGGACGGCGCCGACCUGGAGGCCUCGCUGCUGAGCUUCGAGAAGCUGGACCGCGCCUCCCCGGACCUGUGGCCCGAGCAGCUGCCCGGGGUUGCCGAGUUCGCCGCCUCCUUCAAAAGCCCUAUUACAAGCUCUCCUCCCAAGUGGAUGGCUGAAUUAGAAAAUGAUGAUAUUGAUAUGUUGAAGGAGUUGGGGAGCCUCACUACUGCUAACUUGAUGGAAAAAGUUCGUGGCCUGCAGAACCUGGCUUAUCAGCUGGGACUGGAUGAAUCAUCCRGACCUAAAUCCUGUUUUUGAGUAUCUCUAAAAACUGGAUCAUCAGUUAGAGUUGCAGUUGAUUUCAUCCACUUCACCUACAGUAACUUGUGCUGGGCAAACAAUUUUUCCAGAUCACAAGGACAGUGAUGUCAGCCAUUCCAUGCUGAUGAAUUCACACCUGGCAGUUCCAUCAUCAGCCUAUGCAGUAUGUAAAAAAGAUAAAUUACAUCUUUGUCACAUGGUCUGAAGUCCUGGACUCCUGAUGUCCCAGAAGUUCAGUAACAUCUCAUAAACAUUUCAUAAACAUUCAUAAACUAAUACAAAUUUUUAAAUAUAAACAAUCAAAAGAAAAAGACAACUUGUAAAUUACUACUGCAGAAAGUCCACAGUGAUUCAUACACUACCCCAGAACCAGCCGUCAUUCAAAAACACCAGAGGUACAAUCUUGAGAGAAGCACUUCAAGCAUCUUCACAUUUGAGUUUGUCCUAAGAAAGACCCUCAAACAGCAAGGAUAAUUGUAGUAGGGAAAUGCAUCACAUCUGAGUGAACUAUGUGAACGUGGCAUGCAAACUUGAUACUGCAUGAAAAUAAUCCUCACCUCUGAGUGUUGUACCCCAUCUUCAUAUGUCAGUACUGACACUUUUUAMGAAGUCAUUAAAUAAUCUUUAGUAGAAGAUGAUAAUUUAUUGAAAGAAAAUUUUCGAGAAGUUUGUCUCUAUAUCUUCAGCCCAGGAGAAUUAUAGUUGGACAGAAAUUUCCCGUGGAACAACAACUCUGAGCUGGAUUAUAGCAAAACCUUCCCACCACAGAAAUACCAAAACCAACAUGCACUUCUGUGAGCACAUCCCAAGCACCUACAUCAGCCGGGGUGGGGGUGCCAGAUACAUCCAAAAGGUAUUGCWAACAUGAUGCCAAAUACACAUUGCUGUGAUAAGAGAUGCACCUCAAUAUUUUUAGAAGGAAAAGAGACAAAUUUUAAGAGAGACAAGGCAAAUCAAGGAUUAGGACGUGAAAAAAGACUGGAUCUUUUUGGUUUUACAUCAUACUGUGAUUCUCGGAAUCAAWUCUGUUCUAGAGGCACAUUAUUUCUGCAAGUCAGUCUUCCCAUCCAUGCUUUGAGUUUCUUUCAGGAGGAUGUGAAAUGGAAUAUCUUGAAGUCAAUCAUUGUGUCCAAUCAUAAAGUCUCCACAUAAAGAUACUUAAAAGGUUAAGUGGCCAGAGAUCCAGACUGAUCAGAUGCUAUAGAGUGUAAUCCACAUUCUGCAUAGAAUAUGUGCAAUAAUGCCAAUUUUAGAUUGUGCUAGAUUUUCAGCAUGGCAGGAUCUCUUCACAUUUUGACUCCAUUGUCCACUGAAACUGCCGAUUUUUAGACUUGACCUUUUCCGCUGUGUCUCUUUGAGGAGGAUGACUGACUCCAGGCAGCUGAUGAGUGUACAGAAUAGGCGUUUUCUUGUUGGGUUUGUGUGGUUGACCUCUGCCCUGCCUGCUGAUUCCUAUAAUACAGAUCAGUGACCAGUGAAGCCAGAAUGCUCCCUGCCUGUCUCUGUUAUAGACACCUCAGUAAGGAACAGAAAAGAGGAAGAGGGCUGUGCUUGAAAGCCCUUACUUAAUUGCUAGUAGAAAAAAUGGGUAAUAAGAGUGACCUUGCACCUUAUUUAUUGACCAGAUCUCUGUGAGGACAAAGUACUUGACUUGGUUCUGUAUCACUUGAAAGGCUGGCUCUGUGGCCCAUAGCUGAUGAGUAGGCGUAAUAAUAUAGGGUAAUUAAAUUUUGUGCUUGCAGACACUUACAUGCCAAGGAGGAUUUCUCCCUCCAACAAUAUCAGGCACCAUUUUCUUCAUAAUCACAGAAUUUUAAGCUUAUUUUGAAGCAGCAGAAGGUUGCCCCAUUUGCCAUUUUCUACUUGCUACAAUAGCCCAAAAUGCAUCAGGCUAUGUAUGAAAAGGCAGGGAGAAAGYGUACCAGCUACCUAAGAAUGAGGGACAAGAGACGAGCAGAGCAACCCAAAUGGGCACAGAUUCUCAUGCUGCCUGGUUCUGUAGCCUUCAGUUUUUUUUUCCUCUCUCUGUAUUAAAUUAAUUUAUUAAUUAUAGCUAGUUUUAAUUUAUUUUUGUGUAUAUAUAUGUAUAUGUUGAUUAUCCCAGAUUGCCUUUCAGGGUAAGCAUUGGCACCURUCUUUCUCCUGUACUCUGCAUGGAUCAGCUUGUCACCCUGUCUUAGGUUUUUUCCCCUGCUUUGCACACUGAAACCAAAUAGCACGUGUAAAAACAGGGAACAAAUUGCUUCUGCUGAGGCCCAUUGUGGGAGGGUUUAGGGUGAGCCCUGAUUUGCAAAAGGGAUCAGUUUGUAAUCAGCUGCACAAGAGGCAAAUGGAUCUGCAGGCCAUGAGUAUCCUUAACAGGAUCAGCUGUGCUAUUUUGCUCAAUAYGAACUUUUAAUCAAAAAUUAAUGGAAAUGUUUUGCAGAAAAAUAUUUGGCUGAUGAUGGUUUCUGAAGAAAGUGUCAGGUUGAAAAUUAGAGGGAGUAUCUUUCUUUGCCUUGUUUUGAGAAGAGAGCUUGAGUUGGGUUCUCCUACCACUCAAGUUGGRGUCUCACAACUCAAGUUUUUAAUAAUUUUGUGAGAAUCUUUAAAAAUCAGUUCUGUGAGACCCAGCAUAUGUUCCCUUACAGGAAAACUGACAGGGUCUUGUUUACACACAUGCACCUCCCCAGCCUGAACUCUGGGGCAGACCCGUGACAGGACCUCACUGGAGAAAAGCACAUGCCAAGUGCAGCAUUGCUCUGAGGGCAGCCCCCAGCAAGCCUUAGCAGAGACUUGAGGCAAAUCUUUGCAGUCAGGUGUUUGGUUUUGAUGGUGCAUGUCUGUGUGGAAGCGUGAGUACCUGUGUACUGCUGGAGAUGACAGAGGAUAAGACAAUCUAGAGUCGAAUGCAGGUUUCUACCAUGCAGGUGGACAGUGGAGAUGGAGAAGGCCCAUGUCCCCAGCAUUGUGUGGCUGUAGCUCAGCCACCGGCCCUGUGCCACAUAGCCAGGCCUCAGUGCCUGGACUGCUUUUCUGGCUGUUUCUCCCCGUCCCCCUUCUCCUGCUGGUGCCCGAGAGGCGGCUCCCUGUCCGUCUGCGGCGCAGGGAGUGCUGGCUGCCGCUCGUUAGAAGAAUUCCCCCAAGUCAGACCUAUGGUACGAGCCGUGUGAAGCGGAAGACAAUUAGGGGCUUAUUAGUUUCCUGGGGAGACGUGUAACUUGUGUUGCUGGGACUUACCAAAACAGCGAGAGUCUUACCGGCAAGCUCCAGCCGAGAAAAGACUGAGGGAUUGUCUCACCUAAUUACAGGGAAUGGGCCUCUUUGUGUUUGUGAUUCGGUACGGUUGUCCGAUCGCUUUUCUCUGGUUGCUGGCUCAGGCCGAACUGGAAGUGUGCUAAUUAGAAGAGAAAUGGACGUAGUGAUCCUGUCAGCUCUCGUUACCGGCGUGGACAAAGCCGAAUAUUAUUCUGAGGCAGUGUUUUGUGAGUGUCCCCCUUCCAGCUCUCAUUAAGGGCAAGGUUGGUGGACGGAGAGGGGACUUGACCACAUGGGUUGGCUAAUGGAGCACAGUUACCGUUACUGUGCUAAUUAACGGGCUCAGGAGGCAAAUGUUUCUCCAACCAGCGGUCCCAGCAGCUGCACCUGGUGCUUCCAAAACCCAACCAUCUCACUGGGCAAGCCAGAUAAACACAGUGUGUACGAGCGGAAAAGGGGUUACRUAUGAUGCAUCUAUCAGCCAUCCAAAAGUGCAGAAGAACCAGUAAAAUGGUCAACAGAGAGACAGAAAGGACAUAGUUGCAGUAGCAGCAGGUCAAGCUCCAGCAGUCCCUUCUYCCCAGUGACCUCCCUUCACAUAGAGGACAAUGUGUCAACUUCUGCCCCUGGAAAGUGGGUAGCAAGGAGAGACCUGAGGAAUUGCCAGGACCUCCAGGGUAUCAUCAAGAAAUAAAUUUGUGAGUUGUCAUCAUCAAAGCUCUCAGUGUGGCCAGGAAGGGGAAAGCUGGAAAGAUGAGAGGUGAAUCAGACUAUCCCUCUCUCUGUUGAUGAUGGGAUGCUUAUGGUCUGAGAUGAAAAGCAAGAUGUACAUACGUAUCAGGAUAAUUAUUUUGCUCCAAAAGGCAAGUUAGGGAGCGUUGAAAUGAUGCACAAAGGUUAAGGCAGGUGAAGAUGAUGACCAAAGGAGCCAUAGAAAAUACUAAAACCAAAAUGUGUACUUUCGUGGCGCUAGCCUGAAACUACUACAGCGUGAGUAAAGAGAAUGUGACAGCAGAGAGUGACCUACUACAGAGGGAGUAGAGAGAGACAGAAGACAAAGCAGGAGCCAGAGCAGGUCUGUAGUGUCACAGCAGCUGAGAUGGCCUCAGCAGAAGGGAAGAAUAAUGUGUACUCCAGGAGGCUCAGUGGAAGUAAGUAGUUUUAUUAACUUGUCACACAGGCUUUCAUUUUAAUACAUAGGUGUUUUGUAAACAGAGUAACUUGCACAAGUUAAUUGCUGGUUUCCAAAGUUAUGGGAAUGAUUAAGUCUGAUUUGUAUGUUAUGGUCAUUCUAAAACUCCUUUGUAUCUUUGGGCUAAAUGUAGUAAAACGUAUAACCAUGUCUUAAAGCUUGUAAUUUGCAUUCUCUCUUUUAACARUGUACUCAUUGCAUGCUUGGGUACUGUUUUCAGACAUAUUUUGUCAAGGGCUAAAGUUGCAAGAGGCUCUCUCUUUCAUUUCUUGGGCGGUUUGUCCCUGGUGGUAAAGCUGUUCCAGCAGGAGGGUUUAUGUCCUCCCAAGUCUCCAGCAACAGUCUCUGGUUAUCUCAGAUGGAGCUUGAAGUCUGCCCUGUGCUUGUGAAUCCAUAUUUUUCUGUCUCUGAUAGCUGUGAACCAAACAAGGGUCCUUUUGCCAUGGCAGCAUGUACACUAUGUCCAAGCCCCGCAGUCCUGCAGAGCUGUAAAAGCCUUUCCCUUUUAACUGGGGUUCAUUUCCUACUGGCUGCUGUGAUGGCUUGAAUCUUAGGAGUUUUGAUCUUAGGAGCCUGAUCUCCAAAGAGGGCUUGAGAAGUAUCUUCUCUGCAAAGAGGUUUAUUCUAGAAGGAGGAGAUACGUAAUCCUCUUACUGAAACCCAGAGAGGAAAGGAGAAAAGCUUUAUUGCUCCUGCCUUACCCCAGUGAGCUGGCAGCUUUUAUGCUGCYUCACGAAUAGAAAGAGGCUGAGAGAAAGAUCUGAACACAAGCACUUUACCUGACCUGAAGCUCUCUGGUGGAUGCUCAGUGAAACCCACAUCUGCACUGCUUUCCAGUGUCACAGAAGAAAAGUUUCUGAAAAGGAAAAACUACUGCUUGUUCCACUGUGUGGCCACUUACCUUGUCUUCCAGAUCCUUCAGUCUUGAUCUAAGGAGGAGUCCCAAAUUACUGGCAGAAAACUAAAGACUAUCGCACCCAUCUCCAUUUUGGUGUUCUGGAAGCUGAGGAGUCRAGUGACCUCCCUGAGUAAGGGUUGGUGACACUUCCCAUGUCAGGUCUCCCUCAAGAGUUUGGGCCUUACUGGUGGACACCAGGAGAAAAGACACAUUACUGGUUUUUGCCAAUUUAUCUCUGUUUCCUUGUCCAAGGAAGUAUUGGUGUCCCGCUUGUUACACCUCUAUUUGACUGGCCUUUCAUCUUGCUGUACUAAUAAUACCAUGUCAAAUUUCUAACUUCCAAGUGCAGAUAAGGAUUGACUGAGCAUUAAAGUAUUGGUUUUGUCUCACUGUGAGGGUGGCAUUCUGAUGAAGAACAUCCAUCAUACAGAUUAGCAGUACUCAAGAACAUUGUGAAGACAGGUAAAAAUGGACGGAAAGGGUGCAACUUCUUGUGGCCUUCAUUGAGAUCUCCUGGCAUUCAUAAAACACUUACUAAUUGUAUGGUACCUGGCCUGUGGGCUGGAGCGGUGUUUGGAGGACAUCUCUUCAGCAUUUUGGGUUAUCARCUGCACUACUAAAGUUAUUUAAUUGAUGGUGACCUCAGAAAAUACCAAAAUUCUAUUGUGCUGUGAAUCACAGAAACACAUAAUUAGGUGAUGAUCUCUGUCCUCAAGAAGUUAUAGCAGAUGAAACAGUAAAAGAGUGGGAGGAGAAAAGGAGACAUCAAGAUGUAAUGAGACUUGUCAGAGGUUCUCCAGCACAGUUCCAACCCUGUAAAAUCUUAGCUGCAGUUGAGUGGCCCUUCCACUGCUUCCCAUCUGCUGUGUUGUUUSAUUAAAUAGAUGUGGGUUUUAAGGAAAAUAAAUAAAUAAAAAUGCAAAUGCCUAAGCAACUGACAKGCAUAAGAAAUUUAAAUAACAAUAAAUUACGAUGCAAUACCAGACAUUUUAAUCUUUUUUUAAAGAMCUGUAAGAACUAUUCUAUGAAUUUAAUUUUUAAGUCACUUUAUGCACUGUUAAAGAUUGCGAAUUUAAAAAUAGAACACUAAAAAUGAAGGUUUCUCACAGUUAACUGCCACAGUGUGCACAGUGUACACAUGUAUUUAGGAGAGAGCUAUGAGCAUUACAGAGAUCCUAUUAAUAAUUAUAACAUCUUCACUGAUGUAGAGCGCUUAUUCUGAACUUGCUGAGCCUUUUACACUCAUGCAGAAAGGACCUAAGUGCUACUUGGCAGAUUUUAUGUAAUUCCACACUUGCUCAGUCCAAAUGUUUGCUGACCAGGGUAGGAAAAAUACAAUUUUCCUAAUUCUGCCAUGUUGGAAACCUUGCUAUUGCUCUGAUGAUCUGUGGGUCUGAUCCUGCCUUAACAGAGAAUGUUAUUAAAUGAUCAUUGCAGCUCUCUAGGGAGCUUAAAACGAUUUUCUCUAGCAAAAGAGAGAUCAUUUCUCUCAUUCACUUCAAUAAUUUGGAGAGGGAGGAACUUGCUACAAUAAAUAUUAGUGUACCCCCUUUGUGUAUGCAUCUGGGUACUGUUUACAGGAGGUUUACUAGCAAGUAUCAAAAUAUUAUUAGCAAGUUUUUUUGGAGACGACUGUGGAAAUAGAGUGAUAUGGAAGACUGAAAGAAAAAUACAGGUAAGUGAGAAGAGUUUAAAAGUAGGGACUUAGAGAACAGGAGACCAAGAGAGGUAAAACAGUACAUUUUGAAAGACACAAAGGCAUGGGCAGGAGGCUGGAGCAAAUGCAAAGAAAUGAAGGAGGCAGACUAUUAUAAAUGCAGUAUAAGAAGAAGAAUAAUGAAAAAAUCAAAACACAACGGAAGCAAAUUAGAAUAGGUGGUGAUUUUCAGCCAGAAGGAGAUCAGAGGAAAUCAGAAGUUUCAUGAGUUGUGGCAUCAGCCAAGGAAGUAUGGUUUUCCUUGUGGAUGUGUCUCUCAAGGCUGCAUCAUGUAUAGAUUCUCUGAUACCUUACAGGAGAUAUGCUCACACUUCAGAGAGAGMAGUCAUUGGAUUUCUUUCUUAGUCAGCCAAUUAAUAUAAUAUAAUGURCAGAAAUGUAUUACCUACCUGAAAUUGGCCUACAGGUUCAAAAGUCAUUGGGACGUCCACGUGUACCUGUGGAUGGAUGUUAAGAUUAGAUGAUUAAUAGCUGAAAUUGCAAAUGGACAGAAUGGGUGAUAGAAAAUGGGAAAACAUUAGGAAAAUGGGGAUUUAUGUCUGCUGUUAAUGCAUUUAAUUUGCCUUGCUGCCAUUUCCUUUCCUGGUUUUACAAUUUUAAAAAAUGAAUGAGGAUUUGUUAAAAGCCCUCCUCCCAAAUCAGACUGACUUCACUGUGUCCACACUGGUUGUUUCUGGGGAGAAAAAUCUAUUACAGCAGAAUUUUCUGCCUUUGUUAAGGCAGAAAAAUCUAUUACCGUUUUGUCUCCAGCAUGCAAGAAGAGAUUCCAGGAGCUGCCCUACCAGCUACACCAUCAAACCCUGCCUGGGACCACACUGAAGGCAUAUAUGGGACAAAGAUACUGUAAAAGCCUUCRGGUCUUUCCAUACUGGGGUGGAUGGCAUCUCAAUUACUCAAACACUUUAGCUGUUUUUCUGCUGCAAAUUCCCAUUUCACUGGUUCCUGCUGCAGUUAUUCUCAUUUGUUUGUUU